UCCCGCUCCCCCUUUCUUCUUAUUCUUGAGCUUAGUCAUAAAUAUCUCAUCUCUCUAGAGCUCCAGAAUGUUCCCAUUUGUUCAUGAUAAUCGGGAGGUCUUUAAUCUGCAUUCUUACAGAUCCUUUGUAAACUUAAAUGGCUGAAUGAGAUAGAGCUAGUUAAAAGCAAGAAGAAGAAGUAGAACCCUUGUCUUGUUCUGUAUCUAUCCAGAUUUGUAAAUAUGAAGAAUCAAAGUCUAGCCGCGGCUAAUGUUGGUGAGCCUCCUGCUCGUAUGACACGAGCUAGGUUAGCUGCUUUUCGUACCGGAUUACCACCGCCUUGUAAGGCCAUGAAAUGUGGGGAUGGAAAAAGGAAAAGGGAAGCUACAGAAGAGAUGGACACUAAUCCUGCCAUUUUUGGAUGUAUAAAGAAUAACAAGAAGAGAGCAGUGCUGAAAGAUGUUUCAAAUGUUACAUCAACUAGAUCUUAUAAGAAAUGUCCUGUCAUCCCAAAAGCUGCUCCCAAAAAAGAGAACAUCAAGCGAGGUAAACAGGCUUCUUCUUUUGACAUUUCAAAGACCAUCCCAUCAACUACUACUGGAAUAGAACAAAUGGGCGGAAAGUUGUAUGAUAGGUCUCCAGUUAAAGUUAAAGCAAUGCACUUGCCUUCAUAUCCGGAGAAACUUAAUCUGAAUGCAGAAACGUCUCAGCUACAAGCAAAUGUUAUAGUGGAGGAAGCUCGUCUCCCUGAGAAGCUGUUGAUGAUAUCUGAUGAUAAAGACUUCAAGAAUAUUGAUCUUGAUCAAGACAAUCCACAAUUAUGUAGCUUAUAUGCUCCUGACAUAUACAAUAAUCUAUGUGUUGCAGAGUUGGCACGAAUGCCAUUUAUGAGUUAUAUGGAGAAAAUGCAGAAAGAUGUAACUCCAACCAUGCGUGGUAUCCUAGUUGAUUGGCUCGUGGAGGUAACGGAGGAAUUCAAAUUAGUUCCAGACACGUUGUAUCUAACUGUUAAUUUCAUUGAUCGAUUUCUUUCUCGAAAUUGCAUGGAUAGACAGAGGCUUCAACUUCUUGGCAUCACUUGCAUGUUAAUAGCCUCGAAAUAUGAAGAGGUUUGUUCUCCACGUGUUGAUGAAUUCUGUUUCAUCACCGACAGUACCUACACACGAGAAGAGGUUUUGACAAUGGAGAAACAAGUUCUAAACUUACUGAACUUUCAACUUUCUGCACCAACUCCAAAAACUUUCCUUAGGCGAUUCCUAAGAGCAGCACAUGCGUUGAAUAAUGCUCCUAGUCUUGAACUGGAGUUCUUAGCUAACUACUUGACAGAAUUGACACUGGUUGAUUACGAGUUCUUGAAGUUCAUCCCUUCUAUGAUUGCAGCAGCUGCUGUGUUUCUAGCAAGAUGGACUCUUGAUCAAUCAAUCCAUCCAUGGAAUUCAACAAUGGUGUAUUAUACUAAAUACAAGGCAUCGGAUCUGAAAACCAUUGUUCAUGCAAUGCAUGAUUUACAAAUGAAUGCAAUUAGCUGUCCCUUGAACUCUAUAAGAGCAAAGUACAAUCAAGAGAAAUUCAAAUGUGUAGCAACUCUGUCUUCCUCCCUGAAGACCCUUAUAAAGUUGUUUUGAAGAAGAAACAAAAUGUUUUGCUGUAUGGUCUCUAAUGGAGGAGGAGGAUGGAGAAGAAAGGAUUGCUAACAGAUACAUAACAUUUAUUGGGCUUUUAACUUUCUGUUAUCUAAGAUUGAUCUUUCUUCUUCUUCUCUUCUUGUUCUUCAUGUCAUGAAAUCAGUGUGUAACAAAAUGUACCAAUCAAGCCCUUGGUUCUUUUCAAAAUUGGAUAAUGUAAAGGCAGCUGCCCUAUGUAAAGGCAACUGCCUCUCUAUUUUAAAACAAAACUAAUAUACUUGUAGGUGUUUUGAUACAUUUCUCUUAAGAUGAACUAAACUAGGGUUCAAUUUCUGUGACCCAA